AUGGAUACAUCUGCAACUGACCUUUGCUCUCAAAUACAUCUUAAAGUUGAGCAAUCAGAUGAUCUGGCAUCGAAGUCAUUAGAGAAAUAUGAUAUGAAGAGAGAUGAAAAUGUGGAAAUGGAAAAUCAUAGUAAAGUUGAAGGCAAUCCUGAACAGAUUAGUGAAUGUGGUAUCAUCAACAGCAAUGACAAUAUUAAUAACAACAAUACCUGUAGUAACGAUGUUGAUGUUGUUGUGGUUAAGAAACGAAAUCCAAAAGGACGAAAUUCCCCUAAAGAAUCCAAAGUCUUCCAGUGCACUAAAUGUCACAGUUGUUAUACUUCCAGAACAUUUUUAAAAAUACAUAUCCAACGCGUACACAAAGAUGUAGACUAUACAUGUCCACAGUGUUGUAAAACAUUUGCAGAGAAGUAUAAAUUGGAAAUUCAUCAAGCAAUGAUUCAUGGAGUUAGCCGGUUUAAAUGUGAACAAUGUGGUCAGUGUUUUUCGACAAAUGGUGAGCUCAAAUCGCAUAAUGAAGUUGUACAUUUAGGCAUUACUUACCCUUGUUCACAAUGUGGUAAAGUCUUUUCAAAAAAGUCCUAUUUAAGAUUACACAAAGACUUUGUACAUCAACGUACACAAUUACCCUGCACUCACUGUAGCCGAACAUUCCCCUUUCAAUAUCUUCUGAAUCGUCAUAUUAAAAUUUUCCAUGAAGGCAUAAAACCAACAUGUGAUGAAUGUGGUAAAGAGUUUACAGCAAAGUUCUCUUUAAAUCAACACAUAAGAGCAAUUCAUAAAGGCAUGAAAUUGUCUUGUGAUCAGUGUGGAAGGCAAUUUUGCAAUAAAUUCCAUUUGAAUGAACACGUUCGAGUUGUUCAUGAAGGUUUAUCGUUUAAAUGUGACAUUUGUGGCAAUGGAUUUGUAAAAAUGGCUAGCCUAAGGGAACAUGUGAAUAAUAAACAUAGAGGAAUGGAAUUUACAUGUGAAUUAUGCAAUAAAAAAUUCUCAUCAAGAACUGCACGUAAUCGACACAUUCAAACUAUUCAUGAAGGCAAGAAGUUUUCUUGUGAUCAGUGUGAAAGAAAGUUCGAUGGUAAAUCUCAUCUCAGAGAACAUAUUCAAGUUGUUCAUGAAGGAUUACCAUUUAGAUGUGAUAUAUGCGGACGUCCAUUCACUAAAGCAGCCAGUGUAAGAGGACAUAAAAAGUCUGUGCAUAAUGUGUAA